CAGAUUAUUUAAACUUAUUGAACGGAGUACAACCAAGCAUGAUAGAGGAAGUGAAGUUCCUUGAUUGACAUCAGAACUAGCAUGGGGAAUGCAAACAACACUAAAAGCUCCACAGCAGGAUUACUGGGGCCCUGUCAGGGAUCAGUAUACAGACUGUAGAAUACUCAUGCAUACUGUUAUUUAACAACAACAAUAAUUCUUUGUUCAUGGUUUGAUGUAAAUUUUCCCAUUUCAAACAUAAAGUCGAGACUAAGUUUGUCUUUGAAGUUAAAGCUGUAGUUUUUAGCAGCUACACUAUCUGACAUAAAGAUCAGGCUAAUUUUGGUUAUGUAGAUUUCUGUGUAAUAGAGCAAAAUGAUAGCUUUAGAACACCUGCACCUUUGCACUGGGAUUCUUUUGCUAAUGCUUUCAAAACCAGAAAAACAGAUCAGAUAACAAAACAGUCCAGCAUUUGAUUGGUCUCAGCAUCAGGGGCUUGCACAGUCUCAUUUUAGUCUAAAGCCUUAAGUAGGUCAGGCCUAGCUUAGCCAGCCUGCAGAUGAUCAGCUGCAGAUGAUCUCUGGAUGAAGUCAAGCUGAAAGGAAUUUCUGUGAAACCCUCCUGAUAGGCGUAGGCCUAAAAAGGCUGGCCUAGUUAAGCUUCAGCUUAUAGUGAAGGCUUUGCAGUCAGUCUGAAGUUUGUGAUGUGCUCUACACAAAAUAUGCUAGGAAAAAAAUCAAAUCGAUCCUCAAAUUUUACCAUAUAUGAAAAGAUUGAUCUGCUAAAACUUGUACGGCCUCACAUCAAAGUCUUGGAGGUUCAUAAGAAUAAUCAAGCUAUAAUUGUUGAAAAAAAUCGUUGCUGGGAAACUAUAGCACAGCAAUACAAUGCUGUUGGAGUGGAUCGCCCUCCUCGUAGCGCACAGGCUUUGCGAACACUAUAUAAACGCAUUAAAGAAAGUGCUAAACAAGAGAUAGCCAGGAGAGAACAGCUGCAUCCAGACUAUAAAGGAAACGUCUCUGAGCCAACCAGAAGAAUUCUAGAAAUGAUUCCUCACAUUUUCCAACCGCUUUUGAAGGUGAUAGACCCCGACAACUUACAAAGGCCUUGUGGAAGUUCUGCUUCUGAACAAGAUUCUUGUGUGGAACAAUCUACUAGCUUGUACCCACAACCUGGAACCUCAGGCUACCAGUCUCAUUCCUGUCAUGACUGGAUAACGCCAGAGUCAGAACCCGAACAUGAAGAGAAACCACCUCCGUUAUUAACUGUGCUAUCACAGCCAAGUGAAAACUUGCAGCAACAGAAGAAAACAGAAAUUCAACAGGCCACUAAUGGUUCUGCCUCACCUUUUUCAUCUUGUGGGGAAAGAGUAUCGUUAACGCCAUCUCCUAGACCUGCAAGAAGGGAAGAUGUUUUGUUCAGCCACCAUCAGCACCACAGAGGUGCCCUGCACCAUGUCGCCAGCCAUGAUAAUGGAGAAAUGCAAUUAAUGUCAGCAGAGGAACAUGAGAUAAUUAUGGAAAAUCAAAGAAAAUUUGGACUCUAUCUUGAUGAAAAAAGAGAGAGCCUUAAAAGAAAGCAAGCAUUAGAGGAAGACCUGUUAAGGGCAAAAAUCAGAGUGGAAGAAUUAAAGGCAGCAAGACUGCAACAAGGCUUGCCAGCUCUCCAGGAAGCUUAAUGUUUGUAAAUAUUUGUCUCGAUUAAAAUCAACUAAAAGCAAUGCUUAUGCGCUGUGAAUUUGGAUUCCAAAGAUUUUGUUAAUGCCGCAAUCUGCGAAUGAACACUAAGUUGUCAUCACAUUAGUUUUAAAAUGUUCGACCAGAUUUUGUCUAAUUUUAAUAAUUGUCCAACACUGUUUUCUAGUUAAAAAUGAAAACUUUUUGAACUCA